AUGACUUCCGAGGACCCGUCUUGGGCAACGCCACUCCCCGCGCCCCGAGCCAUGCCUUUGCACCCGCUCACGAUCAAGAAUGUGGCCCCGCCGUGCGGUCCCGCCCUCUCCCCGCCAUUCCCUCAGCCCUCUCCGCGCAAGUCACCGCCCCCGCUCCCCUGGGCACCGAGGACGCUGGUGCUCGUUCCCGCCCCGGCGUCGGGCUCGCAGCUGUGCUCUCAGCCCUCACCAUCACCCCCGCGCAUCCCACCUGCGCGCUGGAGCUCGCCCACGAACGCUGAGGGCGCGGGCACGCCGACGAGCGUCCGCAGCGGGCACCGGUCGUCCGGGUCCCCCGAUUCCACCAACUCCCUCUUCGCGGGGUGGUAUAGGAUGCCGCCGACGUCACCCGACGAUCCCGAGUUCAAGGCUGGGGACGACGUCGGGCCCGUGCUCGUCGACCUCCUGCGCUACUUCGCCGACUACCACACCUGGGACCUCCGCACCUGCAAGGAGCCUCCCGCCGGACUUCCACUCGACGCACCCGCGUUCACCAGCCACGAGCGUUCUGAGCUCAAGCUGAUGUUCAACCCGCUGUGGACCUUGGCGACGCGGAGCGCAGACGAGCAAGGCGGGCCGACGUUCGCCUGCACCGUCCGGCGCGAGGACAGAGCGCCGCUCACGGUGCGCGAUGUCCUCAGCGCGAUCGGGCGGAAGAUGUACAAGAGCACGCAGUGGCUCACGGCGGACGACCCGAACGGGAGCUGGCGCUACGAGCAUGCGGUCAAAGAGCGACGGCAUCGGCUGGGCGCCGACGGUGACACGAUGGUCAACGUCGACUGGUACCCUAGGCGCGAGAGCGUUCUCUUUGAGCUGCGCCCGACGGAUCAGGUGGACGAGGUGUUGGUCAUCUUAGGGGACCCGUCACAGAACUGA